UUAUCUCUGCUUCCUCUUAGAGUGGCUCACUUAUGCUCUGCUGUGGUUGCGGAAUGGAGAAGAAGGCGAGGUGGGGGCAAUUUAUGGAUAAGAGGCAGAGGAGCGAUGGAGACAUAGCCGCUCGCUUGCGAAAAAAAGAUCAGCUGUGGAUGGUAGUGCGCAAUGGUGGGGCCCAGUUCCAGCAAGACCAUGUGAUGCGGAUGGGGCAAUGGAUGAUGAUGAUGAUGAUGAACAUGUCUUAUGUGCAUCAUACUGAUAUGGAUGGGGAUUCGAGGUGGAGUGUGGGGCCCGCUAGCCUGGCAAAGCAGGCUCUAGACUGCCAGGGGCCAACGGCUCUUUCGGGCAUUCCCAACACCAACGGUUAUAUUUCACCGUCGCCCGCGCCUUCUAACAAUUAA